AUGGAACCAGACAAUGGUACACAAAUUCUAGAAUUUCUCCUUCUGGGACUUUCAGGGGAAGUAAAAGUACAGCCUCUCACAUUUGGGCUUUUCCUCUCCACACACCUGAUUACUAUGUUUGGAAACCUGCUCAUCAUCUUGGCCAUCACUUCAGACCCCCACCUUCACACCCCCAUGUACUUCUUCCUCUCCAACCUAUCCUUUGUAGACAUCUGUUUCACCUCCACCACCAUCCCAAAGAUUCUGUGGAACAUCUGGACACAAAGCAAAGUCAUCAGCUAUAAGGAAUGCAUCACACAGAUUUAUUUUCUCAUACUUUUUGCAGUGUUGGACAUGCUCCUCCUGACCGUGAUGGCCUAUGACCGCUUUGUGGCCAUUUGUCAACCUCUCCACUACACAGUCAUCAUGAACCCCCAGCUCUGUGGACUGCUGGUGCUGAUAUCCUGGCUCACUGUUGUCUCCUUAUUUUAUUGUACGAUGCUUGGAGUGUACCUUAGCUCUGCAGCUACCCACAAUGCACACUCAAGUGCAACAGCCUCGGUGAUGUACACAGUCAUCACACCCAUGCUGAACCCUUUCAUCUACAGUCUGAGGAAUAAAGACAUGAAGAGGGCUCUGAAAGCAUUCUUUGUCAGAAGAAAUGUAUGA